CCGCGGGCACUGGGUCAGACAUUGGAUCGUCUGGCUGGACAGCGGGCACUGGGUCACCAGGCAUCAGGUCAUUUGGCUUGACAGCGGGCACCGCGUCAUCUGGCAAGGGAGUGGGCUCCGAGUCAACAGGCACGACAGUGAGUGAGCACCGGGUCAUCAGGUACCGGAUUGUCUGGCUCGACAGCGGGCACCGCGUCAUCUGGCAAGGCAGUGGGCUCCGAGUCAACUGGUAUGACCGCGGGCACUGGGUCAGACAUUGGAUCGUCUGGCUGGACAGCGGGCACUGGGUCACCAGGCAUCAGGUCAUUUGGCUUGACAGCGGGCACCGCGUCAUCUGGCAAGGCAGUGGGCUCCGAGUCAACAGGCACGACAGUGAGCACCGGGUCAUCAGGUACCAGAUUGUCUGGCUCGACAGCGGGCAUCGGGUCACCAGGCAUCAGGUCAUUUGGCUCGACAGCGGGCACCGGAUCAGGUGACCGGAUCAUCUGGAUCAACAGCGGGCAUCGAGUCAACUGGCCUAAUAGGAUCGUCAGGCUGGAUCAGUUCAUCAUGCUGGGUAGAGGCAUCAGGCCAAGUAGAGGCUUCAGGCCGAGUAGAGGCUUCAGGCCGAGUAGAGGCUUC